UCCGGGUUGGGCCCGAGGUCGCGGGGGGAGGCGGACACGACUUCGCGGGAAACUCUGUACACGGCCACUUCCCUCUCACCGAGGAUUUGGAUGCUGCUGCUUUGCUCCCUGGACCGAGUGGGAAGCCAAGGGACCUUGUGAUCCCUCCGCCGCGACCCUCGGCCCUGGCCCCCGGCCCACGCAGCCAGGUGGCUGUCCCUACCCCAUUCCCCGGCCCUUCUGUUAGGUUUGAGUAUACAGCCUUCCUGCCGCUGACCAUACGUUUAGGAUCAGCCCCUCCUCCUCUCCCACCCCUCCGGCCCCAAGCCCGCCGGCAAUCUCUGAAACCAGCUCUUGUCCCCUUGGGCCUCCGCCAUUGGCUUCUCCCCGCCCCGCAAUACACAACUCAGCUCUUGGGCCCUGGCCCUAUGACACUUCUGGCAGCCUUUGCUCCCUCUUCCCUGACCGUCUCCUGCGACCCUCUGACUUCGUUGGUCCUCCUGUAUCUCUGAGCCGUUAUCUAGCUUCCCUGUACAAUUACCUUGUUAGCACCUUGCUCUUGGUCUUUCAUAGCUCCUCCCUCCUCUUCCUCCCUGCAGCCCUUGACUUGGCCCCAAAGACCUGUAACUUCGGACCUCCAUACCGCACUAUGGCUUGGCCCCUUCCCUUUAACCUAGGCCCUUCACCUUCAUCAUCUGUGAUCACUAGCCCCAUCUUCUUGGCUCUUAACUUCUUAGACCUGGCCCCUUCUCCACUUCUCAGCCCCUUCCACCCUUGAUUCUCUCUGUGCAGCUGAGCCACCAGCAAGACAAAGCCCAAUAGACCCCUUUUCCCCCCAGAUCUCUGCAGUGUGGUAUGAAAGUGCCUCUGUACUUCAGCUGCACUGUCUUCUCAGUAGGUAGUUGGCUCUCUAUCUCUGCAAGUCCCAGUCUUACCCAUCCUGCAAAUCUUAGGUCAAAUACCUAACUCCUCCGUGAAACUGCUCAGCCCUGAUCUCAUCAGGGAGAUAUACCUGUAUCAUGUGAACUUCAGUGGUACUGUUUUUAUUUCCUUCAUUCCUAUCUUCUCUCCUUUUUUCCUUCAGUACUAGUAUAAUGGUUAAAAGCACUGACUUUGAAGUGAUGGGCAUAGGCCCCAGUUCUGCCACUUACUUGCUGUGUGCCCUUGGGCAAGAUACUUAAUUUCUCUGAGCCUCAGCUUUCUCAUCUCUAAAAUAAGGAUGAUGUGAAAUGAAAUUAGAUGAUUCAUAUAUGGUGCUUAGUCCACAGCUUAGCACUUCAUAUGAGCUUAAAAAAAAAGUUAAUAAUGUGCCAGGUGCUGUGUUAGACACUGAGGAGUGGGUACAAAGGUGACUAAGGCGCAGUUCCUGCCCCUGUCCCCUGAACUUAACUUUCCGCAUUGUGUGACAAUUUCUGGAGUUCACGGUCUGUUUCACUACACUGUAUCACAAACUGUGAGUGGUAAUCAUAAUCCUAAAUCCUUUUGCUCUUACAUUGACCUAGCAUCCGGCCCAGGGUAGAGCUGGAGCUUGGUAAAUUAUAGGUUCUCAGAAUAGCAGUUUUGGAAGUGAGUGGAAGCUGAAUAGCUCAUUGCAUAGAGAUACUGUAGCUGUAGGUCAGAUGGGAGCAGGGCAGGGGGUGGGGGAUGGGAUGGUGGCGUGAAUUAAGAUCACAUCCUGUCACUUAUGCAUUCAAAAGACAUUUGAGCACCCAGCUUUAUGCUGCAGAAGGAGAUUACUAAUAUGACCCAGUCCCUUUCCUCAAGUUGCUUAUAAACUACUAAUAGAAACAGACAUGUUCUACUUGUAGUGGCAAACCACUACAAGCCAAGCACAAGAUUCUGUGACUGCAUAAAGGAGAAAGUAGGCAGGAAUCAGGAGAUUGCUAAGGAAAAGUGGGUGAGACAGUUCAUGGUUACUUGUGUGCCAUGAAGACAGAGCUGGUGUUUUAUUCAACUCAUUCAACAAAUACUUAUGAAGGAUCUACUGUAUAUGGCUGCCACUACUCUAGGAGUUUUGGUUACAUUGGUAAAUUAAAAAAAAAAAAAAAAAAGAGACACCAGCUCUCAUGGAACUUAUGUUUUAGGGAAGCAGACAAUAAAUAAUAGACAUAAAGAGAAUAUCAGAAGGUAAGAUGUGCUGUGGGGCAGGGGGACUGGGAGUGUGGGAGUGAUUUUAAUUUUUUAAAGGAUGGUCAGGAAACAGUGUCUAAGUAUCAAGGAAUAGUUUCUCAUGUUUACUUGCAUUUUUGGAAGUAAAGCAAACCAAUUAUUUUUCAUAUUCUUAUCUAAAUUCUUCAAGGAACACUAACAGGGAUUGGUAAACUACAGCUCACCUCCUGUUGCUUUAAAUAAAGUUUUAUUAGAACACAGCCACACAUUCCUUUACGUCUUGUCUAUGGCUGCUUUCAUGAUUCGUGAUACAGUGGCAGAAUUGAAUAGUUACAGCAGAUACCCCAUGGCCAUAAAUAUUUACUAAAUAUUAUCUGGUCCUUUACAGAAAAAGCAUGUCAAUCUCUGGUUCUUAAAGAGUUGAGGUUCUGUCUGUAUUUCACAUUUUAGAAGGUUAUGUAUAGUUUUAUGCUAUUUUUAAGUUAAAGGUUUUUUCUUAACGAGAUCAUUUAAAAGAUCUUUUUCUUGUAUUCUUCACAGGGCCUGGACGUAGUGUCUUCAACAGUUGUAACAGCAGCUGCCAUUUGCUGAAUGACAGCAUGUGUCACACACUCUGCUGAAUAUUACAGGCAUUUUUUCCUAAUACAAAGUCUUGUAGUGUGGAAAUACUUGCAGACUUGAAGGAAUUAUCAGUCUUUCAUUUUCUAUCAUCAGUGUCUUAUGAUAGUUUGUGCUUCCCUCCCUCAUCCCUUUGUUCAUGUCACACUGUUCACCAGCCCACUCUGCUGAAAUGUCAUUAUUUCUUCAAGGCGCGGAGGAAAUGCUACCACUCUCAUCAGAGGUACUUCUCCCCCCAACUCUUUCUCUGUCUUUGGCUGUAGGAACCCAAAGGUGUCUGUGCAGCUUAGCACACAUUUACUGAUGUUUGCACAAAUCAGGACCUGUACUGGGCACUCUUAUGUGUUUAGUUUUGGGGUGGGGUGUGGGGAGUGUGGUUUGUGUAUCUGUGUCUGUGUUUAUCUUUGUGUGUACUUGGUAUGUGACUCUGUGUCUGUGUGUGGUAUAUGGGCAUAUGUGUAUAGACAUGUAUGUAGCUAUAUAUGUGUGUGGCUGUGGUAUGUGGCUAUAUGUGGUGUGAGUGUGUAUGUAGUGUGUAUGUGUGUGGUGUGAUAAUAUAUGGCUGUGUGUGGUGUGUAGGUGUAUGGCUGUUGUGCGUGGUAUGAGAAUGUGACUGAGUAUGUCUGAUAUAUGAGUAUGACUGUGUCACGUGAGAAUGUUGCUUUGUGUAUGGUGUGAGUGUGUAUGUGUGAUUCUGCUUGCUUGUGUGCAUGCAUGCAUGUGUGGGUGGGGGUGUGGGUGGGGCUUUGUGUGGUGUUUGAGAAUGUAGUGGAGGGCACUGACUGAUAAGAUGAAACACAGCCCAGGCCCCGCAGUAGGUCCUAGAGGUCCCAGAUGUUUACUUGCUAGAUUCUGGUGUGGUCUGGAGAGGGGUAGAGUGGCAGAAAUCUCAAGAAAAGCCAAAGCUGGGCCUUGUCACCUAGGAGAGCCUCAAGAUAUAGAGGUUUUGUUUUGUUCAUUUUGAAAGCAGGCAUAUAGGUGGAUACUUGUAAGGAAGGUUUUUCAAAAAGGAUUAAACAUAAAAAGAGUUACAGUUAACUUACAGUUAGGCAGAAAAAUUCAACUUAUCCCAAAAUGAAAGCUCUUUUACUUGCCCACGAAUUAUAGUCUGGAUUGUUAUUGCUUAGUGGUUUCAAGAAGAGUGACAUUAUUCAAAUGGCACAAAUAUCAUCUGGUGGUGGUGGACAAAGCCGGUGCCUUCUUUUUGCUCUGGGUUCAGAGAUGGGCAGUGAGAAGGAGCAGAGUCCAGAACCACACCUGCCUGAGAAAGGGGAAGGGGGUAAGCCUUGGAGAGUGGAUGACUCAGAGGGUUCUUGGAUCCCACCUGGGGAGAAGGAGCAUGGGCAAGAGAGCCUGUCGGAUGAACUGCAAGAAACUCAUCCAAAAAAGCCAUGGCAGAAAGUCACUGUCCCGGCUCGAGAGCUGGGGGACCCCAUUGCUCAUUCAAGGCAUGAGGCAGAUGAGAAGCCCUUUAUAUGUGCCCAGUGUGGCAAAACCUUCAAUAAUACCUCCAACCUGAGAACACACCAGCGGAUCCACACUGGUGAGAAGCCUUACAAGUGUUCUGAAUGUGGCAAGAGCUUCUCGAGAAGCUCCAACCGCAUCCGGCACGAGCGGAUCCACCUGGAAGAGAAACACUACAAAUGCCCCAAGUGUCAGGAGAGCUUUCGGCGGCGCUCAGACCUCACCACGCACCAGCAAGAUCACCUAGGCAAGCGGCCAUACCGCUGUGACAUCUGUGGCAAGAGCUUCAGCCAGAGCGCCACGCUAGCUGUGCAUCACCGGACCCACCUAGAGCCAGCACCCUACAUCUGCUGUGAGUGUGGGAAGAGCUUCAGCAACAGCUCCAGCUUUGGCGUGCAUCACCGUACCCACACGGGUGAGAGACCUUAUGAGUGCACUGAGUGUGGGCGGACCUUCAGCGAUAUCUCCAACUUUGGAGCACACCAGCGGACCCACAGAGGGGAGAAGCCCUACCGGUGCACUGUGUGUGGGAAACACUUCUCCCGGAGCUCGAAUCUCAUCCGCCACCAGAAAACUCACUUGGACGAACAGGCUGGGAAAGAUUCCAGCUGAAGGAGAGCCCCAUUUAGAGUGAGGGAGAGAGAGUGAGAGACCCUAACCUAUUGGAGGAAGAUCUUUAGCAUCUUUUGCUGCUACCGUGACCUCAAGCCCUUCAUCCCACUUUGGAGAAUGGUUUUGUAUUGCCUCUGAAGUCAGGAUCUCAGGAAGUCCUGAGAAGGGACUCUGGAGUAAAAACCCUUGCCUCUUUCCAGGCCAGUUUCUCGUGUUGGAAAGUCAGAGGACCCAGUCUUGGCUUUACUUUCUUGGGGUGAAAGAGAAAUAGGGUAGGCUCAGAAUAUGCUCAUGUCAUUAAGGCAGCAGUCCCCCUGGCCUUUGAGGAAGUACCUAUGAGGUGGGUGUCACUGUCUGAAGGUUCUCCAAAUUGUCUGUGAACUGCUUAGGUAGGAGUGCACUGCAGUGUCCUGCUUGUUCCCACCUGUUGUGCCCCAACUUUGCUUCUAGAUCUCUGGGGUGGGAGGAGUGACCUUCUCAACAGAAGGGGCCUCCUUGGUCUGGAGAAGAGAUCUGAGCUCCCGCCUUAGAAAUGAAAGGGAAACCCUCAGGGAGCCAUGACCCAGGGACCUUCACACUCCGCCAUGUUUGUUACUUGUUAUCCCUCCCCCAACCUGCCUCUGUUUUCCCCAGAGUGAUGAGCAGUAAAACCCUUCAAUGAAAA